ACUAACUAGCAGUCAGGCAGCCACACACGGAGCCAGCAAGCAAUAAUGACACACGAUGAGAUCGUUCAGGGAAUAAUUCGGAGCGCGCGCGAGUGGCCAGCCAGCCGGCGUGUGUGUAGGGGAUGUGGGUGCAGGGUAAGCCGCCACAUGUGAGGAGUGUUGUGUGUACACUGUUCACUGUGCCUUUUAACGAACGGGGCUUUCGAUUGGAACGUGCUGGAGAAGCAUAAUAACACUUAGCAGUCAGUUAACGAUGCUAGGUCAGCGCUAACGGAUGUGUCCUGUGUGUAGAGUUUAAUAAUCGGAAAUAUCCCACACUAAAUAGGAAGAGGUGACAAGAAGAUUACUCAUUACAAUCGGACAAUCGGAAGUGAGUGCGUAGAAUAUUGACUUCAAGACAUCUCGAGAGUGUUGUGGGUGGUUGUUCGAUUACAGGUUCGAUUGUUGCUCCUGCGGACGAAGAUCGACGACGUUAAGAAGCGCAAGGAUACUCCUGGACCGGGGAAUUGCACCAGGAAGGGUGACCGCGUAUUUAGGACGGUUCUGGCCAUUAAAGCACGGCACUAAGUGAUUAUUACUGGCUGAGUGGUGCUUCGAACCGCACACAUUAGGUACCUGCCGAGACUUGUUGUGUACUCAGAACCCGGUAAUUACCGAUAAUGAGAUAAAGAAGGUUCGCGCGCGCCUCACAGAACGCACGAUGACAAAUGGUUGAAGCGCAGAAAAAAAGAUAUAAGCAUAUGAAACAAGAAACACAAUCAUGCAUUCUUUCGAUGCAGGUGUGAAAUGUGCUGAAUUUAUGGGUGCACUCGGCGAACGUGUUUCGAUUUACUAAUGAGUAUUUAUUAGCGUGUCCCCGUGUUCAUAAGGCGAUCGAUGGGUGGAACAGUAUGAAGAAUUUCGUUUUAUGAAGUUGGUCGAGAUCAUUAUAGUAAGAAGCCUGUGCAAAAAUCUAAUAAAACAAUCUGUUGAGUUACAGAAGUUUAUAACAGUGAGGUGUAUCGUAAAAAUAAACGCGCAACGAAACUAUGUCAGUGCGACGUCAAAGAUUAGCCUAAUAGAACGCCUUCGUUGGCAAAUUAAAAAUAAUCCAAGCAACCAACAUAAAUGAUUGUCAGCUGAUUACGUCGGCAUGUUGACGACGCUUUGAGUGAAACUGGAGAAUAAUCAACAAGGUUGAAAAAAGGCAAAAACCUACACAGAUUAAAAGUGCAGUGUCAAGAGGUGUCAUUCGAAGAAGUAUUUCAAAUUCCUCGUGGUGUUCUCGUGAAGCAUGGCCACGUUCGUAAAUUGAACCAGUUGAUAUUGAACCAAACCCGACAAACACAUAAUGCCGCGUGUUUGUUCCUCCAAUCGUUGUGGUAGUUGGUAAGGUACCAGCUGCUUCUAUAAUAUGGCGGAAGGUAACAAUCCUCUACAACAACAUCAACACCAACAGCAGCAGCAGCAGCAUCCUCAAUCGCCGACGACAACACUGGGUGAUCAUUCAGAAUCGAGUGCAAGAACUAUCAAUAACAAUAACAACAGUAGCAUCAUAAACCACAACAACGCGGCCAAGUUGUGUGGAAUGCUCGGCAUCAAUAUGCCCUGUGAAGCGACAGGCCAUGAUUUCAGCAACGUCCGCAAAGAGCUAGAGUACGUCAACUCGAUUGCGUCGCACUACGGGGGAAACAGCGGAAGCAGCAGCGGCAACAGUCUACAGGAGAAGGCGGUAGUAGGUGGAGUCUUCAAAAUUGAGGACCGUGAAAGAAGUGAUAAUUGCAGUCGUUCAAACAGCCCGCUGGACGAGCUGAACCAUCAGGCGCCACCAUCAUCCGUUAGAGGUGGCGGAGGUCUAUCCAGGCCGUCGUCCCUACGAAAUCGUGAAAAGAUGUCACCGUUGUCGCUGCCGACCGGCACCGGAUCACCGGUUUCGAACUCAGCAGCAGCAGCAGCCGCAGCCGCCGCCGCUGCCGCUCAAGUGCAUCAUUUGAAUGGAACUAUGCAAAACAUGUUGAAUCUACAGAAACUACAGAGUUUAGCACAGCUAACAAGUGGAGCUGCCGCGGCCAGUGUCCUUCCCGGAUUGGGCCUGUCAACGGGUGGACUUCCGUCGGCUCUGCUGAACAAUUCGCCGCUGAAUCUAAGUCUCGGAUCGCAAGGCCACUCUCCCGUGAUGGGAGCACUGGCAGCCGCGACUGCUCCUCAACCUCUUCCUCCUGCUCCUGCCAAUACGAUGCCACAGUUGAUUCUGGCUUCGGGACAGAUCGUCCAAGGCAUCCAAGUAGCCCAACUUUUGAUUCCCACUUCGCAAGGAAUUGCCACCCAAACCAUUCUGACGAUACCCGUGGGGCAACAGGUGAUUUCGAACAUGAGCAGCGAGAAUUUAUUGCAGUGUUUAAAUUUUAAUACUGUUGCGAGUGCGGCGGCAAACGCGGCCAGUUUUGGGGAUCUGUUGAAUCAAUCGGCCGGCCAUCACCCCCACCAUCAUCACCAUCAUCAUCAUGCGGCCACGGUUGGUAGUGCGGCAUUUGCGGCUGCUGCUGCGGCGGCCGCUGCUGUGAAUGCAACCCGUGAAUCUCCGGUCACUGUCAACAGCGCCAUCAAUAGUACCGCCAGCAGUCUACUGACGAAUCCCUUGGCACUGGCCGCAGCCGCCGUGGCCAACAGCAAUCAUCAUCAUCAGCAGCAGCAGCAUCAUCAUGGCCACCAUCCCUCCGCCUCCGCCAUUGCCGCCCACCAGUUGCACCAGCACCAGCAACAGCAACAACAUCAGCAAACCCAACAGGCCAAACAUCUUCACUUUGGAUCGCCCUCCACCGCCAUCAGUGGACUGUCCUCACCGAUUCCUCCUUGUUCGGGAGGCGGCCACCUGCCACCGACAUCUUCCUCUUCGAACAUCAGCGGCAACAACAGCAACAGCAUAGAAAAGUUCAAACUAUCCCACGAAAAGGCACCUUCCUCGGGCCGAUCGACUCCGGAAAUGGUGCGAAUAAAGCUCGAAUCUCCCAAGGUGCCAUCGCCAAUCUCGCUGAUUCCGUCAAGACCGCCGAGUGGAAACUUUGGCUCGUCUCCGUCCGUCUUCGACAAGAGAACCCAUUCGCCAAGUGUUUCCUCCGGUGAAAUUGGUUCUUCGGGAAAUACCACCAUCAAUAGCAGCAACAGUGGCAUCGGGUCCAGCAACGGAGGAGCAUCGACCACCACAGUCGGGCAGAUCCAUGUUAGCAAGAAUCUCACCAGCCCGCAUCAUUCGCCGGCGGAUUCUGCUAUCAGUAGAAUUACAACGUCCAACGGUGAAAUCACUGUAACCAAAUCUCAAGCACCACAAACUCCACCCCUGCCAGUACAAAACAAAAAUCAUCCCGCGUCGAUGCAUUUCAAUCCAUCCAUCUCUCCGCAACCAUCCUCAAUGGGCAUCGGAAGCCAUCAUCAUCAUCAGCAUCAUCAUCAACAACAGCAUCAGCAGCAGCACCAUCAUCAUCAAUCGGGACGCUCCCCCCACCACCAUGGAAGCUCAACGACGCCAUCGGCCACGGCAACUUCGUCCUCGGCCAACAGCUCCGGAGUAGGGGUGGAUUUGCAUCUGCAAUCAUUAUCCAGCAGCAGCAACAGCAAGGAGCAGCAACAACAGAAACCGUCCACCUCUUCUUCGAUGAUGAGGAGCACCUCGACGCCCGGUGUCAUAUCCCUCACGUUGGACGAUGUGAUGGAUUCGAAAAUUUCCACCCACUCGCUGGGCGGUUCAUCGGCUUCUUCUUCUUCUGCGCUGUCACUGUCCAAGCGUCACCGAAGUCUGACGCCCCCGCCACGUGCCAAACUGAGUCCUGAUGGGUCCGGAUCUAUUCAACUGUCCCAAGAUGAUGACGACGGUGAAGACGUCGAGGAUGGAGACGAGGACAACAGCUCUGGCCAUCAUAACAAUAACAACAACAACGACCUGGAAGACUCUCCAAACGAGCUGACGAUCAACCAGACCAACUGCAACGUCGUUGACGGAAUCGAUCUGGAAGACAUCAAAGAGUUCGCCAAAGCAUUCAAGCUACGCCGUCUUUCGCUGGGGCUCACCCAAACCCAGGUCGGCCAAGCCUUGUCCGUCACCGAGGGACCAGCCUACAGCCAGAGCGCCAUCUGCAGUGCCCUCGCCGCUCAAAUGUACUGUGCAGCCCAACUUUCGUCCCAGCAGCAGCAAAUGUUUGAAAAGUUAGAUAUAACUCCAAAAAGUGCCCAAAAAAUUAAACCCGUCCUGGAGCGCUGGAUGAAGGAGGCUGAAGAGAGUCACUCGUCCCGGUUCAAGUCGAACCAGAAUCACUUGACAGACUUCAUCGGUGUGGAGCCAUCGAAAAAGCGCAAACGACGAACCUCCUUUACGCCACAAGCGCUGGAACUGUUGAAUGGUCACUUCGAGCGAAAUACACAUCCGUCGGGAACGGAAAUCACCGGUCUGGCACAUCAGCUCGGAUACGAACGCGAAGUGAUCCGAAUCUGGUUCUGCAACAAGCGACAAGCCCUCAAAAACACAGUCCGAAUGAUGUCGAAAAACUUCAAGAUGGAAAGCUCUUAAGCUGGAUCCGUUUUCGUUUACGUAUUGCUUUAAGUUCAACAAAAUAGAGACAACAAUCGAUUUGUGCCAUUCUACAGUUGUUAUAUUUUGGAUUUCUCCAGCAGCGCUAGUGCUUACAUAUACAUAAUACAAAACGUUUAGUCAAUUUGAGAACUUGCUCCACACGAAAGCAUUUGUUUUGUUUGUUUAGGUUUUAGAAGAUCUUAUUUCGAAUAAAUGAUUACAACAAACUUUUGAUUCAUCAUAAACGAGUGUCAUUUAAGUUAAGUAUUUUCAUUUAGUGAAUAGGUUAAAAACAAGCAACCAAAGUUCCUACAAAUUAGUUUUAAGAAUUGGUAUAUUGAUAUCGACGAUGCUAAUACUAUUAGGAUUUAUUGUACGAAAAGCAAAGAAUCGUUCACUGCAUCCUCCAGAAUAUGAUGAGCAAAAAACAUUCUUUCUGUUUUAAUCGUGAUGUGCCAAAGAAGCUGCAUUUAAAUACAAAUUUGUGCCAUAAUUUGAUUUCGUCAUGACAAACCCAGUCAAUAAUUCGAUAAUGUGAAAUUUACAUAAUGAAAUCUGCUUAACAUUUACGAAAGUCCAUUAUAAUUUCAAUAAAGGAUGUAGUGAAGAACAAAAAAUUAAACCAAUUAUGAGAUGCAUUUGUAAAAAAAAACAAAUUCUUAAAGAAAAAAAAACGACCCAUAGAAAUAAAACCAAUUUAUAAAUUGAUGUAAAUCAAAUUAAAAAGAAGAAUUUUAAUUGGUUGGAAUAUCUCAUUUCAAAAUUAUUCAAUUUCCUAUUACAGACCAGUAAAAAGUCGAAAUUAUCAGUUCGACACCAGUUACUGAUAUUGAAAUUAAUUAAAAAAUGUAAUGUUCCAGAAACAGUCAAAAAAUCGAGCAAAAAUGUAGAUAGUUUGGAUGCAAGAUGUUUAGCAGAAGCUAGCGGCCAUGACACGGUUCAAUUGAUAUAUUUUGUCCAACAAGUAAAACUUAAGAGAAUUUCAUGUGUAUCAUAGACAACAGACUAACCAUUCGCUGACACAUGCCUCAUAGAAACAAAACCAGUAGCAGUAAAGAUGAUGAAUGUUUAGAAAGUAUUUCGUCGGGUACUUGAAGAGAAAGCAUACUUUUAUGUGAUAUGUACGAUAAAUUCUUCACACAAAUUAAUAUGAUGAGGUGAAUUCAUAGACACUCACACAAAAACACACAAACACACACGCAAACUUAAAUAGAACAGAAAUGAACAUAAAAAACAAUUACUAACAAUUUCGAAGUAUCACGUGGACGUAGUGCACGAUUGAAUAGUAGAGUGUAUCGAUUGUUCGGUUGGUUUCGAACUGAUCGACAUCGAUUUCGUGGUAAAUAUUAUAUAGAUAUCUAGCUGUAUGGAAUAAUAUAUUGAAAAGUAAUAAAAAAGAUUCAAAAUA